CGGUUUGUAAACUUUUGAACAUCUGGUCAGUUUAAAGUACAUAUAACAGUUGAUUGGAGAGUUGAUAAUGACAACCGAAGAGAAGAAACAUACUUUACAUCAACAAGUCAAUGAUGAAAAUUAUACAUUUGAUAGCAGUGAUUUUGGAUGUUGUCUUAUAAUUAACAUUAACAAAACUAUGAAGACAAUAGGAGGUGGACAUUCAAUACAAAAAUUUCGAACCGGUGCUGAGGCAGAGGUCAAGGAACUACAAGAUGUUUUUGGAAAGCCAAUUUACGAUACAAAAGUAAUACAAGGGAAAAAUGGAACAAAUUGCGUGAUUCAAGAUGUAGAAGAAUACAUCAGCAAAAACUGUGGAUAUUUCAAAGCAUGCAAAAUCUUUGUAUGUGUUGUAUUAGCGUUUGGAGGACAGGGUUUUUUCUAUGACAUCACAGGCAACAAAAUUCCAUUGUCCAGAGUAGUAAGGAAAUUCCAAUCUCGUGCAGCCCUUCGACUUAAGCCAAAGUUAUUCGUUGUUCAGUUAUGUGACAUUGAUUUACAACAUGUUGGGAAGCAUCUAUUUGCUGAAGUAGAUGGCAGAUCUCAUCAACUUUCGCCUCUUUGGCCUCGAGAAGCAGAUGUUCUAAUCUAUGAAUCAAACAUUUCAGGAGAAUAUAACUGGCAUCCAAAUCUGAUAAAACAUAAUGCAGAGGAGAUACCGGGCACAUCAGCUCUUCGACCUUGCACUUUCAUCAAAUAUUUUUGUAAUACUCUGAAAAGUUUACAGAAUAAGAUAGAUUCCAUAGAAAAAAAGAAGAAAACAGAGGAAGGAAAGAAAGAAUCUAAGGAUGCAAAUGAGAAAGAUUCCAAGGCUGAUGGACAGAAUGAUGCCACAGCUGAAGGUAGGCAUAAUCCCAAACAGAAAAAGAAGAAAGAGUUCCUCAAUGAUGAAGCAAAGAAUAAUCCCAAGACUGGGGAGAAGAAUAAUCCCAAGGAGGAAUUGCAAAAUUACUUUGAAUUUAAUGAGGUCAUUCUGAGAACAAAUUCAAAACUGGCAACUUUCAUUAAAGAUAGAAAUAACUGGGAUCUGAUAGAUGGGACAUGGAGCAUUAUUCCCAGAGUGCCUGUUGUAACAGAUCAACUUGUCAAGUACCUGUAUCCACCUCGUUUUUAUCCCCCCGAACCGGAGAAGAAGGGGAUGUAGUAAAGGAAUUAUACGUGUUUGUGUACUGGUGAGUUAGCUAAUUCUGAACGCACGGAAGUGAUGAGAUUUGAAUCGGGUUCGAUAUGUUCUUAUCGAGGGAGUGCUUCACCUUGCGGUGUCCUUGUAAUUGAUUCAUUUCAUCAGUAUUUCUAAUGGCAUCAUCAAUUUACAAUUUUCAGCUGUAAAAUCAAGCCUCAACUAAAAAAAACAGCAUAAAAUUUUCAAGUUACUGUUUGUCUGUUUUUUCUUUAACGUCCUUCUAGAGAAUUUAAUUUAUAUGGAGACGUCACCACUUACCAGUGGAGAGCUACAAAUUUUUAAGCUAUAUUUGGCACUCAGGGCCAUUGAGCAGCGAGAAAUGUUUGUCAUGCCAGAAUCUACUGUGACCUCGGUUUAUAUGGUCUAA